GGUAUAGCUCAGUGUUAUGGGUGAUACAAAAGAAGCAAAAAUGCAGAUAACACCAGAAACUCCAGGACGAGUCACAAUCUUGAAUCCUUUUGAAAGUCCCAGUGAUUAUUAUACUCUUCAGGAGCAGAUUGUCUCCAGUCCUUCAGUUUUUAAAUCAACGAAAUCCUCAUCUACACCAGGAAAAUUUAGAUGGUCUAUUGAUCAGCUUGCUCUAAUAAAUCCUGUGGAAAUUGACUCGGAAGAUGUUCGACGCCAAGCAAUGUAUUUGAGUCAUGCUAGAAUUGAUAAGGAGACAGAAGACAGAAGGCAAAAAGCCAUUGAGGAGUUUUUCACAAAAAGACUCAUAGUUCCUUCUCCUUGGACUGAACAUGAAGGCAAGCAAGUUUCUCAGCUUAAUUCAACUAAAUCCAUAGAUCUAAAUAACAUCUCUCCAAUUGGAAGACAGCUGACUUUGCAGCCUGGGAAAAGCAAUGCUGCUUGUCAGACAGUACUGUCUUUGCCAGUGGAUUUUAAUUUAGAGAAAAUACUAGGUGAAUAUUUUAGAACUGAUGAAUUCGCAGAUCAGUCUCAGGAAAAUCUGAGCUCUUCAUCACUCAGAAGAAAGCUGUUUUUAGAAGAAAAUGGAAGUGUAUCUGAGUGUUUGUCCCCUUCUCUGCAUAGUCCAUGUGGUAGUCAGCCACUUGGAGUGCUUUGUUCAAUUGAUAUAUCUCCAGUUCGGUGCAGAAGCCCUCUGGAAACAUCUAGUUCAGGUCAGUUUUCCUCAAGCCCUAUUCAGGGAGGAACAAGGGCUUACAGUCUUGGAAGUAUAACCAGUCCCACAUUUCCAGAGAGGUCUCCUGCACAUAAUGGUUCUCCUACUUUUUCACCAAUUGCUUUUCACAUAAGAAAGACACCACUGUCAGGUAGGCUUUAA